UUUCUGUCCCACAGCACAACCACUAAGAAAUCCUUGGAGAGCAAGCUACAGCAGCUAAAAUGCCAUUUCACCUGGAACUUGAUGGCAGGAGACGAGUCAUUGGAUGAGUUUGAGGACAAGGUGUUUAACAAGGAUGAGUUUCAGAACAGUGAGUGUAAAGCCACAAUGUGCAACAUAUUGGCGUUUGUAAAGCACCGCAGAGGCCAAAACGUGUCAGCGCUGAAAGAGUUAGAGAAAGCUGAACAGUUCAUCCAGCAACAGCAUCCUGACCACGUAGAAAUCAGAAGUAUAGUCACCUGGGGAAACUAUGCUUGGGUUUACUAUCACAUGGGCCAACUCGAAAAAGCUCAGGCUUAUCUUGACAAGGUGAGACAGGUCUGUGAGAAGUUUUCCAGUCCCUACAGGAUUGAGAGUCCUGAGCUGGACUGUGAGGAAGGGUGGGCCCGACUGAAGUGUACCCGAAACCAAAAUGAGAGAGUGAAGGUAUGUUUUGAAAAGGCUCUGGAAAAGGACCCGAAGAACCCAGAAUUCACCAGCGGCUGGGCCAUCUCAAACUACCGUCUAGACUUCUGGCCAGCACAGCAGAAUGCCGUCGACUCUCUGAAGCAAGCCAUUAGAAUGUCUCCCAACAGCCCUUAUGUUAAAGUACUCUUGGCCCUGAAACUUGAGAUGAAUCAGGAAAACCAGGGAAAGGAACUGGUUGAAGAAGCCUUGAGGGAAGCCCCAGGUGAGACAGAUGUACUCCGCAGUGCAGCCAGGUUUUAUUAUAAGACACAUGAUAAAGACAGAGCUAUACAGUUGCUUAGCCAGGCUUUAGAACUCCUACCCAACAAUGCCUAUGUGUAUUACUAUAUUGGGUGUUUCUAUAGGUCAAAAGUCCUUCAAAUAGAUUCCAGAAGAGAAACUUCACAGAAUGAGAAUAGAGAGCAGUUACUGAAACAAGCAAUUUAUUACUUAAAGAAAGCAGAAGAGACCAAGGAGAUGAUCAAAGAUUCCUGUAGCUACCUUGCUCAUCUUUAUGUCCUGGCAGAGCAGUACAAAGAAGCCGAUUAUUACUUCCAGAAAGGAUUCAAGAAGGAACUCACUCCUGGCCUUAAACAGUUGCUCCACCUACGGUAUGGCAAUUUUCAGUUUUUUCAAAUGAAGUGUGAAGACAAGGCCAUCCACCAGUAUCUUGAGGGUGUGAAAAUAAGGCAGAAGACGAAGCCUAAAGAAAAGAUGACAAACAAACUUAGAUUGAUUGCUGAAAGGAGACGUUCUCAAAAUGGAUUUGACUCCAAGGCCUUGCACAUCUUGGCGUUU